CCCCGGGGGCCAGGGCAGCAGGCUCCUGACGUUGGCAUCGCAGGCUCAGCGCCAUGAGCCGGAAGAAGGGGUCGGAGGCAGGCGCUCAGGACACCAGCCUGCUCAUCGCCCUGGACAAGAGCCGCUCCCGCCUGUCCAGCGGCUCCUCCGGCACCGUCUACAACGGGGAGCCCUACGCCGGCUUCGAUGAAGAGGACGAGGACGAUCCCAUCUACGUGCCUGGUGACGAAGGCUACAGCCCCAACCUCAGGGGCAACUACUUCCGAGAUGGGCAAACCAAGAUCGACUUCGUGCUGGUGUGGGAGGAGAAGGUGCGGCCCCCGCAGAAGAGGAGGGGGAAGGUGGCGGCUCAUGAGGCCAGAGGCGACCGGCCACGCGGGCGCCACGAGCACUGGAGGAGGAAGUUCCUCGAUAACCUGAGAAAUGCCGGGCUGCUGAUGGAGAAGGAGGAGAUGCUGAGCGAGCGGAAAACCAUCCACUACCUGAAGCUGAGCGCCCCGUGGGACGUGCUGGUGUUCUACGCCGAGGAGCUGUGCCUGCGAGCGCCUCUGCAGGCCCAGCCCAACCCGGACUGGAACAGCUCCGCCGAGGUCCUGAGGAGACUCUGCAUCCCCAACGCCCUGCACCAGCACGUCCCCAACAAGCCCGCGGACUAUUACACCUGCGCCUUCCGCAGGUCCAAGCUGGACAAGUUCCUGGGCAGCGACUCCCGGGACUCCUACUUCAGCAACACGCAGAGACAUCGCAUCGUCUACGAGAUCCUGGCUCGCACCGUCUACGGGAAGCGGAAACGCGCCGAGAUCGGGAUCAACCGGCUGCUGAACGAGCGGGUGUACGGCGCUGCCUUCCCGCUGCACGAGGGCCCCUUCGAGACGCCUGACUCUGAGGUCCCCGAUGAAGCCCUGAACCCUCGCCAAGUCCUCUACCGCUUCUGGGCCCAGUGGGGCUGCUGGUACCGGUACCAGCCGCUGGAUCACAUCCGCCAGUACUUCGGGGAGAAGAUUGCCAUCUACUUCGCCUGGCUGGGCUUCUACACGGCCUGGCUGCUCCCUGCUGCGGCCGUGGGCACCGUGGUCUUCCUCGCAGGCCUGGUUGCCAUGGGAACCAACACGCCUGCGCAGGAGAUCUGCGAGAGCGGAGGCCAGUUCCUCAUGUGUCCGCUCUGUGACACGUGUGAGACCUGGAACAUCUCGGAGAUCUGCCCCAUGGCUAAGGUCGGGUACCUGUUUGAUCACCCCGGGACGGUUUUCUUCAGCGUCUUCAUGUCCUUCUGGGCCGUGACCUUCCUGGAGUACUGGAAGAGGAAAAGCGCCACGCUGGCUCACCACUGGGACUGCAUGGACUUCCAGGAGGAGGAGGAGCGGCCCAGGCCCGAGUUCGCCGCCAUGGCCCCGCGGAUGGAGCAGAACCCCAUCACGGGGGUGAAGGAGCCGUACUUCCCCAAGCGGGACCGCCUCUCCCGCAUCCUGACGGGCUCCAUGGCCAUUGUCAUCAUGCUGUGCGUGGUGAUGAUCUUCCUGGUCUCCGUGAUCAUGUACCGGGGCAUCAUCAGCGUGGUGAUGUAUCACACGGGCAACGCCAUUCUCGUGACCCAGGCUGGGAACAUAGCGAACAUCAGCAGCACCCUGGUGAACCUGGCGCUGAUCCUCCUCAUGAGCCAGGUCUACACCUCCCUGGCGGAGAAGCUCACCAGGUGGGAGAUGCACCGGACCCAGACCCUGCACGAGGACGCCUUCACCUUCAAAGUCUUCAUCUUCCAGUUCGUCAACUUCUACUCCUCCCCCUUCUACGUGGCCUUCUUCAAAGGCAGGUUUGUGGGGUACCCCGGGCAGUACGGCACGCUGCUCGGCCUGAGGAACGAGGAGUGCGGCCCCGGCGGGUGCCUGAUCGAACUGGCGCAGCAGCUGUUCAUCAUCAUGGUGGGGAAACAGAUCAUCAGCAACGUCCAGGAGUUCGUCAUCCCCAAGCUGAAGGCCUGGCGGCAGAAGCGCAAGCUGGCCAGGGUGCGGGGCGCGCAGAUCAGCCAGGAGCCCCCGCGCUGGGAAGAGGACUACGAGCUGAUCGAGUGCGAGGGGCUCUUUGAAGAGUACCUGGAGAUGGUGCUGCAGUUCGGGUUCAUCACGAUCUUCGUGGCUGCCUUCCCGCUGGCCCCGCUCUUCGCCCUACUCAAUAACUGGGUGGAGAUCCGCCUGGACGCCCAGAAGUUCGUGUGCGAGUACCGGCGCCCGGUGGCCUACCGCGCCCAGAACAUCGGGGUCUGGUUCCUCAUCCUGGAGGUCCUGGCUCAGAUCUCCGUCGUCGUCAACGCCUUCCUCAUCGCCUUCACCUCGGACUUCCUGCCCCGGCUCCUCUACCAGUACGAGCACGACAGCCAGCUGCAGGGCUACGUCAACUUCACCCUGGCCUACUCCCCCCCACGCUACCUGGCCACCGGCAACCACACCCUGUGCAGGUACAAAGCCUUCCGGGAUGCCAAUGGCAGCUACACCCUCUUCUACUGGAAGCUGCUGGCCGUCCGCCUGGGCUUCAUCAUCGCUUUCGAGCACGUCGUCUUUUUCUUCCUGCGCCUCAUCGACUGGCUGGUGCCCGAUGUCCCGGGGUCGCUGGAGCUGAAGAUCAAGCGAGAGCGCUACUUAGCCAAGCAGGCGCUGGCCGAUAACCAGGAGGUGCUGCUGACGGUGAGUCGCCAGGUCAGUGUGCCUGCUGGUGCCUUGAGCUCCCACGGCUUCACCUCCUGGCGUGAGCUGGCGGGAGCAGCCCCCGGGGGCUCGGCCGAUGGGAAGGCAGAGCUGGCUGGGACCGGGCCCCCUCCACACUCCAUCAGGUGA